AUGUCGCUGCCGGUGGUGGUGCCGGGCUCCUGCUGCCCCGUCCCGGGGCUCACGGCGCUACCCCAGGCGGCGGCGGACGGCGCCACCGGCACGGCAGCGGGCUCGCUGUCCGCCGCAGCCGCCGACCUGUCGCUGCCGCCUUUCCGCUCCCGCGGCUGCCGCCCCAACGUGUCGCCACACCGCAACCAGCUCCCGGCUGCCCGCUCCGUCGCGCCGGCCCCGGGCGUCAACUUGCUGCCGGCGCGACCGCUGCUGUGGCUGGGGCUGCUGCAGGUCGUCCUGGGCUGCUCUCUGGUGGCGCUGAACUUCGGAGCGCUGUCACUGAGCAGCGCCCCGCAGGUGAAGAACGCCUGUCCCUUUUGGGUCGGCUCUUCGGUAAUCUUAUCUGGAAUCUUAGGCCUAACAACAUGGAAGAGGCCGAUAAUGCAUUUGGAUAACCUAUUUAUUGUGCUGUCUGUCUCCUGUGUUCUGCUGAACCUGGCUGGAUUUAUAUUAGGAUGUCAAGGCAUUCAGUUUGUGUCCAGUGUACCCAGAUGCGAUUUGGUGGAUAUGGGUGAAAACAAGAUUUGUUUCUGCUGUGAAGAAUUUCAUCUCACUAAAUGCACAGAAGAAGAAGCUGUGUUGAAGCUAUACCACCUGAAGUCAUGCAGUGCUUCUCAUCUUCUUCUCAAGAAAGUUCUCUUUGCUCUUUGUGCCCUGAAUGCUUUCACCACCACAGUUUGCUUGGUAGCAGCUACCCUGCGUUACUUACAGAAUUUUGCAACAAGAUCCUGCAUAGAUGAAUCUCAGGUUGAAGACCAAGAUCAUGUUUUGGAUCCUGAUGAUUUUGUCCCACCUGUGCCACCUCCCUCCUAUUUUUCAACUUUUAAUUCUUAUACUCCACAAGUGACUUGCAGGAUGCUUGGCUCUGAUGCGAUUCCAUUGCCCCAUAUUUACGGAACACGAAUCAAGGGCGUUGAAGUGUUCUGUCCUGUGGAGCCACCUCCUCCUUAUGAAGCUGUGUGGAGCGAGAACAGCUCUGAGCAGGAAAGUGCACUCCAAAUACGUGUCAUGGAAAUUGUUGCUGAUCUGGAGGAAGCGAGUGACCCGGAAGCCUCUCAAGCUGAAGAAAUUCCUGAGUUUUCCAGCAGAGUGAGCCGUUCCCCUUCAAACGCAAGCUGGGUGCCUGCAGACAAAGCCAGCGGAAGAGCCUUCAAUCCUUUGCUGAAACGGUCGAACAGUGACCCUUUGCUGUACUGCCGGUUGCUCCAAGAGGCAGUGUCCAGCUGUGAAGCUGCCACGCAGACUGAAAUAAAACCACCACUCUCUGCUGUCUCCUUGCGGAAUAGUUUGGGAGAAAGACCUUUGAGAGGAAGACCCCAAUCUUUGAUAGACUACAAGUCUUACACAGACACGAAACAGCUCGUGGCAUGGAUCCUAGAGCAAUCCUCCUGCAGCAUGAGCCCUGACAUACACGAAUUGGUGGAAAAUAUCAAGUCUGUUUUAAAAUCAGACGAGAAACAUAUGGCAGAAGCUAUCACCAGUGCCACCUUCCUUGAGCAGGUGGUGUCACCCACCCAGCAAGCCAUGCCAUUGAAUGCCCAUGCGUUACCUUCCGGUCAGCAUCCUGGACUGCUUCACCUGGAGAGCUGUGGUGACCUGAGUACUUUCACCACAGAUAAAGAUGAACUGGCAAUGAGGAGGAUCCAGAAAGCAGAGCAUGAACAGUCUCCCAGUGUUAUUGGUGUUGUCAGGGAAACUGUACUUUGAGCUGGUUUCUGUUUAUUCCUCUGUAGAGCGCUUCUGUCUGUCAGACAUUUGUGUUGCACAAGAAAAUCAUCUCUGCUCUUCCCAAACCAGGUGGGUGGAAAAGCGUGAUAAUCCAUUUUCUUUUUACACCCCCACGCUCAGACUUCUAAGGGGAAGCUUGUUCUACAAAGCCUAUUAAGCAGAUUGUAAGCUGGCCUUUGUUGGGCUCUCAGGUGCAACUAGUCUGUUUGUAGUAGAGUACUGUCCUGUUGCACCUCUCUAGUCUGUCACCAGUUAGGAUGGAUUUGCCUUUUUUACCUCAGCUUACAAGAGAGAUGGCAGAACAGCCUUGUGCCUUGGUUUACCGAGUUGAGGCAAGGUCAGUUAAUGCAUGUGUGCACUUUGUAUCUCACUGGAGAACAGGGUCAGUGUUGGUGCCUCUGUUCGUCUGGUGUGCAUUUCUAUAGCUCCAGUGAUAUUUUUGUAAUUUUUUUCUCUUUUUCUUUUCUUGGCAUAUAGCAAUUUGCUUCCUAGUAGAGGUGCUUGUUACAUACCAGCUGCCAUCCGUGCUGAAAGCCCAUAUGCAGCAGUUAGGUAACACCAUAACGUUGUUUUGGCAAUCUUAACCACUAGGCCAGUGAGCCAUGAGUUCACAUCUCUGGCUAUUUAUCAAACAUACAUAAAAUUAUACAUGUUCCUUUUUUUGGGUUAUUUAAAGGUGGCCUGUCCACCUGAGGAAAGGCCAGUAACUGGUGGUGUUUUCAUUGUGGUCCCUAUAUACUACCAGAACUCUCUGGCUUGCAGUGGCCAAGCAAUCACAACAACAUUGCCUUUCAUCAAUUUAUUUGUAAUUCAUUAUACAAAUUAAGAUCUUACAAUUGGCCGUGCCUCACUUACAGAUAUAUGUACCAUAUCUACUGAUAUAAAAAACACCCUAUUUGAUAAAUGACAAGUGACUUUUUCCUGUCAGGAAGUGGAGUCCUAGUCCAGCUAGUGGCUUAUAAUUGCCUUGAUGCCACAUGCUCCUAACGGAAAUCCCAGAAAUUUUAUAGUAAUGGCAUUUAUUAAUUCCUGAACUUGAUCUUUUAAAUGUUGAUAUUUCUUUACUUUUUCUGCCACAGCAUCCACCAGAGCUGUUGAUUUACUCUCAUAUCUAACUGCGAUGUCAACUACCAAGGUGUGACUUUUCCUUAACAAAUACUAGAUCCAGUUUAUAUAAUUCAUACAGUUCAUCUGGGUUAUGCCAUUCAAACAAAUGUGCACGCCAUUUGGCUCAAGCUGUUGCCUGCAGAUAGUUUGUUAAACUCUAUUCUAUAUGUAUGCUGUUAAUGUGGAAUACACUAAGUAUUUCCAGAAGCUGAGAUCAGCCACGCAAAUUUUAUUUGCAAGGCUAGUUGUAGCCUUCUGAAUCUCAACAGGAUGGCUAAAUAUUCCUGCUGCUGUUAAAACUUCAAAGUGAGUUUUAAUUAAGCUUGUUCAGAAGUUGAAACUGUGCAGUAUGGCUCAACUCACUAAAGAUGAUCACUUGAAUAAAAUAAAAUGCUUUUCCCU